AUGGAGAAGACGACGUCGGCGGAGGAUCUGACGCAGCAACUACCCGACGACCUGCUCGCCAAUGUCUUCCGCCGCCUCCGGACGACGUCGCCCAGCCUCGCCGCGUCCCGGUGUGUCUGCAAGGCGUGGCGUGCCAUCAUCGACGGCUGCCGGCUGCUCGAGGACCUCCCGUCCUACUCGUUGACCGGAAUAUUCUUCCACCUGAACGGCGAGUCGCUCCCCAGAUACUUCUCGCCCGCCUCAUCGUGCGUGAACAUUGACCCUGUGGACUACGUGGAUACCGGCUCCGAUGCCAUUAAAUGCUUGGCAAUCACGCAGCACUGCAACGGCCUUCUCCUGCUCAACGACGACGACUGUAAAGACUCAUGGGUGCUUAACCCCGCCACACGGCAGUGGACGCACCUGCCUACUCCUCCACCCAUGUGCACACCGGGCAUGGAGGACGUUGAUCAUGUUGAUCGUUACAUGGACUUCCAUGAUCAAUACCUCGUGUUUGAUCCCGCGGUGUCACCGCACUAUGAGGUCUUCUUAAGCAAGUAUGUUCCCUUUAUUCCGUUGUCAGAUAUUAACAAAUUGGUGGGUCCUCGUAUACAAGAGAGAGAAUGGCCACCGUCGAUUUUUGUUUUGCUUGUCUUCUCAUCGGGGACAAAGAGGUGGGAGGAGAGAUCUUUUGUUCGUGAAGGGGAGGCCGCGGGGACCAUUCGCAACAUGUUACACCUUCCUCCGUCCAACCACUGGUAUGCGGCAUACUGGCAGGGAUCACUUUACUACCACCAACAUGGCGUGUUCAUGAGAGUAAGCUUGUCAACCGAUAAUUACCAAGUAAUUAAGCCGCCGAAAGGUUCCCAGAAAUACCUUUCAGGCCAUUAUUUAGGAAAAUCUAAGAAUGGUGUAUAUUGUGCAUUACUUUAUGGCCCCAGACUUCGGAUUUGGUACCUCGUCGAAACAGGUGAUCAGAUGAAAUGGGUCUUAAAGUGCAGCAUCAAUGAUAGUUAUAACGACAAGACUCUACUUGGAUUUCAUCCAAACAAAGAGACCGUCUUUGUCUUCCAAAGACCCUUCAAAAGAGUAAUGGCUUAUCAUUUCAAUAGCUCCAAGACCGAAGACUUGGGCCCCUUAACUGCAAACCGCGUAUGGCUGUCUUUCCCAUACACAUUGUGUUUGAUGGGAGAGCUUUCAAGCAACAAGCAGUAGGUUAGUUAAGGUACGGGGGAUUACCUGAACGUUUUACUUUUUCAUGAACUUUAGGCGCAAGAGUGAUCGAUUGAUAUAGAGAAAUGAACAUCUUAUGAAUAAUUCAUUUUUUUAUUUUAUUUAUUAUGGUACGAAGCAACAAGCAUUAGCUUAGUUAUAUAUGGCUUAUUUA